AUGAAGUCCUCUAGCCUCGGGUGGUCUUCCCCGCGCAGCGCCCGACUGGCCAUGGCGCUCAUCUCGAUAGUUGUCGUCUACAGCAUCGUCUUCUCUUGGACGAGCCGUGGCGCUUUCUCAUCGCAUGCAGCGACCAGCAGAAUAACUUGGUCCGGCACAGAGGACGUGGACGAGGAACUCUCCGGACUGGGCGAGAACGCGGUGCACCAAGUUACUGAGUCGAAAUCAACGGCUGCCGACUUCGGUCGCGUCUCCAACCGGACUCUCGGGUUCGAAAAGGUCAUCGCGAUCGGUCUUUCCGAGAGGUCGGAUAAGCGAGACGCACUGGACCUCAUGGCCGCUCUAAGCGGAUUCGAUCUCGACUGGGUCGACGGCGUCAAGGCAUCUUCAAUCUCGGACAAAGCUGUGCCAUUUGGCAUUCAACUCGACCAAGUACGUGAUAAUUUCCUCGGCAGUUGGAGAGGUCACAUGAAUGCCAUCCGCCGGAUUGUGGAUACCGGCAUCUCUUCAGCCCUCAUCAUGGAGGACGACGUGGAUUGGGACGUUCACCUCAAGCUCCAGCUGAAUGACAUUGCGCAUGGCGCUCGCCAGAUACUAGGCGAGUCGUCGCCUCUUCCCAACUCGCCAUACGGCGACGCAUGGGAUGUCCUAUGGCUUGGCCAUUGCGGAGAGCCCUUCCCUGAAACCCUCGAGGAAAACGCCGGGCUAGAAGGAGACUUGAAAGCAAAAAUGUCCACCAAGUACACCAUCAAGGAUGACGACACCGUACCGCCGUACAGCCAGGUUUCGCAUCUUGUGGACUGGUCUGCCUACCCAGCGCACACAAGACUUGUCCACAUGACGGCGGCGCCGAUUUGCUCGUUUGCCUAUGCCAUCUCGCAAAGCGCGGCCCGAAAACUCCUUUAUGCGCUGAGCGUUGAUGGUCUUCACAUGGCUUUUGACAACUCCUUGGCCCAGUUGUGCCGCGACGCUAUCUACGACUUGGGCAGGCAGAGGGAAGGGGGUUACCGUCUCAAGUGCCUCAGCGUGAAUCCCACCAUCAUGUUUCACCACAAAGCCAAGGGGCGCCUUGCCGCGGACAGUGACAUUCAGAGUUACGGGCAGGGCGGGGGCGUCAGGGAGAAGGGCAUCUCGGAGUCAAUCAAAUGGAGCAUGAGACUAAAUCUGAAGAAUAUCUUGACAGGUCACGCCUUGGAGCCUCAGUUCGAAGACGAAAGUUGA